CACACGCAGCAGGCGCAGCCCGUGCUUAUCAGCACGGGCGGCUCCCAUUCGCCGGCUGGAUGCGGCCCCGCGCAGUGACAGGCCAGCAUGGGGAACGGGGAACGAGGCGAACGGGCAGCAGCAGAGGCAACGGGAAGAAAAAUUUUCAGCGGCCGGCGCAGAUAAGGCACGCCGCGCCGAGCAGAUGUUGGCAGGGAGAGCAGAAGGAGAGGCCCGAGAUGUUGAAGGGCUGCAGCAGCGGGUGGUGCUGCUCUGAUAUGCCAGAUUCGGAUUUCGCCUUUUUCCUUCUCCCAUUCUUCUCUGGAGGGCUGCUGCUGCUGCACAGGAGGAAAAGUCGCCGAAAGAUAACAGCGUCUGCCUCGUAUUUAAAGUUACCCGUGCGCCCCCCCAGCCGCCGUUUUAGCAUCCGUCCCCAGUGCAUUGUGUGUGAUCUGGCCUUAGCUCCUCUACCACACAUCCACAACACCUCCAUCCACACCCAGCAUCAGCCAUGGGGUUCAAGAUACCUAAGCUCUCGCUCCAGAAGGAGAAAACCAGCGACGCCGACGAGUACACGACAGCCAAGGCACCGUCCAACGCCAGCGUCGAGCUCGCAGACAACUCCAGCAACACCAACAUGUCGCUCGACGGCGAAAAGGUGCGUUUCGACGCCAAGGCGUACGCCAAGAAGCUGGUGCGCAAGUGGACGACCAAGGAGGGCCUCUUCGGCGACUACGACUACGCGUACUUGUUCACGCCAACGCUUCCGUUCCUCACAAAGAAGAAGAAGCAGCCGUUCUUCGGCCUCAACGACGACAUCCCCGUCCUGCUCGGCCUCAUCCUCGGCUUGCAGCACGCCCUCUCCAUGUUGGCCGGCCUCUGCACCCCGGCGCUCUUGAUCUCCAGUUACGCCCACUUGGACACCCUCCACACCCAGUACUUGGUCUCCGUCUCCCUCAUGGUGUCCGGCUUCCUCUCCUGCAUCCAGAUCACCCGGUUCAAGAUCCCCUUCACCCCGUACUACAUCGGCACGGGCUUGCUUUCCGUCGUGGGAACCUCCUUCGCCACCAUCACCAUCGUCACCAAGGGCUUCCCGAUGAUGUACAAGACCGGCUUCUGUCCAACCGCCGCCGACGGCUCCGAGCUUGCCUGUCCCGACGGUUACGGUGCCGUGAUCGCCACCUCCUGCGUCUGUGGUCUCUUGGAAAUCGCCCUCUCCUUCAUGCCUGCCAAGAUCUUGCAACGCUUCUUCCCUCCUGUCGUCACCGGCCCCGUCGUCCUCUUGAUCGGAAUCUCCUUGGUUGAGUCUGGUUUCCAGGACUUUGUCGGUGGUUCCGGCUGUAUCGGCUCCUCCUGCGCUAAAGGUUACGCUUGGGGGUCCGCCCAGUUCAUCGGUCUCGGUUUCCUCGUCUACUUCACCAUCAUUGUCUGUGAAAAGUGGGGGUCUCCAAUCAUGAAGUCCUGUGCCGUCAUUGUCGGCUUGUUGGUCGGCUGUAUCGUUGCUGCUGCAUGCGGCUACUUCGACAGAUCCGGUAUCGACCAGGCUCCAGCCGCCACCUUUGUCUGGGUCCACACUUUCAGACUCAAGGUCUACGGCCCAAUGGUGUUGCCCUUCCUCGCGUGUUAUAUCGUCUUGAUGAUGGAGGCCAUUGGUGAUAUCACAGCCACCUCCGACGUGACAAGAUUGGAAAUUGAAGGCCCUCUCUACGACUCCAGAGUCCAGGGUGGUGUCCUCGCCGACGGUCUUAACGGUGUCCUCGCCGGUCUAUGCACCCUCCCACCAAUGUCCACCUUCGCCCAGAACAACGGUGUCAUUGCCAUCACCAAGUGUGGUUCCCGUACUGUCGGCUACUGGUGCUGUUUCUACUUGGUUGUCAUGGGUAUCUUCUCCAAGUUUGCCGCCGCCUUGGUGGCCAUUCCAAGCUCCGUCUUGGGAGGCAUGACCUCUUUCUUGUUCACAUCCGUUGCAGUUUCCGGUUUGAAGAUUAUCUCCACCACCGCCUUCACCCGUCGUGACCGUUUCGUCUUCACAUGCACCCUCCUCUUUGGUCUCGGUGCCACCUUGGUUCCAAACUGGUUUGAGUUCUUCUUCACCUACGCCGGCGACAACAACGCCCUACAGGGAUUCUUAAAUGCCAUCAUCUUGGUUAUGGAGACCGGUUUCGCAGUCACAGGCUUUUUGGGUGUCAUCCUCAACUUGCUUGUUCCCCAAGAGGUUGAUGACGAGGACGACAUCGAGGUUGUUGACGAGGAAAUGCAAGUGUUCCACGAAGAACACCCUCACCCAGUCCUCGAAGCCAUCCACUCUUUGAGUCCUUUUACAUCCAAGCUGUCCAAGGCCGACGGCGUCGACGAGGGUGUCGUCGUCUCUGACGAAAUCGUCAACGAGGGAAGCUCUGCAGAGAAAAAGCCCGAGUACAAAUACUGAUCUAACCUACUUUAGUUUACUCUGGUCUACUGUAGUUUCAUGAUGUUUUUUCGUCUUCUAUUUCUACUACAUUUUGUUUCCGUUUGCUUGCAUUUUUCUUUCUUCCCUUUCUUACAUUCUCUCUCCCCAAUCCUUUCUCUAAUUUACUAUAUAUUCCAAUAUCUAUAUCUAUCUGGUCCGUCAUUAAUUAGUUCAUUACCCGAACUCGAACUC